AUGCUCCCAAACUUUUCACAAUAUAUUGGUGGGGCAUUACCAAAAGAUCAACAAUUCGAAGUAUUACAUUUGCAAAGUAUUCCUGUCGAAUCACACCCUAUUAUCACUGCCCCUUAUGGAAUAACUGAUCUUUCUAGUUUAACAAUUAAGACACAGCAUUUCUUUACCUUUUUUAAAGACGAAAGAACAAUAUUUGGUUUCGAAGUUUAUGUAUAUAUUUUGUUAAAAAAGGAUAACCCAACAGAAUCUGAACGUUUAUUAUUUAUUUCAAAAGCAGAUACUACUGGAUAUAUUAAUUCCAAGAUAAGUAUAAAACAAUUGACAAAGAGAAUUAUUUCGUAUCUAUUAUCCAUAGACCCAAAUCAUUAUUUACAGAAGGUAAUUCCCCUUAAAAGAAAUUAUGGAUCACAAAAAGACAGCAUGAUAACAAAGUCCACUUCUACUUUACAAUCUUUACAUUUACUUGCUCUUCGUAAUUCAAUGAAUUCCACUUACUUGAAGCCAUAUGUGGAUGACAAUCAAAUACAUUUUCUUAGCUUUAGGUGCCCGUCGAAUAUAGUUACAAAGAUUAGUUUAUUUACACGUCCUUCACCGCAAUAUUUAUUCUCAAAAUCCUCAAAUAACCCUAAUAAGCAUGUAUUAAAUGGUUUCGAUCUGAUGAAGUGGUGGAUAAAUAUAAUUGAUGAUACAAUUAUCGAAAAUUUUCAGAGCAAUACAAUUGCAAAAUUACUAAUCCCUGGUGAAGAUUAUAACAGCAUAUCAAGGAACCUAAGUAACUUAAAGUAUGUGAACUGGAAUGUUGGUACUAUUUUCGGUCAAAAUAGAGAGGAUUUGGCUGUUUACUCUGUACCUUUAUUUCCCGAUGAUCCAAAAUCAAGAUUUUUACACCACUUAGUUGCAGACUCUCGUGCCAAAAGUACUAAUUUAGAAACAUUUUGGACUGAGUUACAAGGAAGACAAGAGUUUUGUUCAGGUGAAACAGUUUCUGUAAUUGGUAUAUCGGGAAUAUUAAACUAUCAGCAAUAUUAUAAUCCAGACCCAAAUGAAAUUGUAAUUCCAUCAUCGAAAAAGCAAUUUGAGUAUAUUAAAAGUUAUAUAACAGGUGAGGAAUAUGACACAGAAGAAGGCGCUUUUGAAUCAUACAUGAAUAUUCGAGACUUUGUUACUGAUCGACUAAACGCUUCUUUGAUUGAAAUUAUUGGAUCCAGGGAGUUCAAUUCCACAAAUUCUGGAUCAUUACAAAAUCUUCAAGCUAGCGGCGAUACAGAUUAUCAGCGUAAGCAUUCCACGGAAAUCACUACUCUGCAACCAAGAAAAAAACAAAAGAAGAAUUAUUAA